AUGACACUUAAUGAGAUGGAAAAGCUCAACAGCUCUAGAAGCUGUUCAAUAGGACUUAUUGCAACCAAGGGAGAGUGGUUAAAUUCCCCUGUGAGCUCUUUUCCAAGCACGACCCCAGCUGUGACAGGUCUGGGGAAGUGGUCUGAACAUGGGAUUGGAAGCCAGGAACUUCUGAGUUCUCGGCUGGGCUCUGUGGCUUUGGCUCAUAAUUUAAAUGUUGAUCCUACUCUGAAGAACACUGGAGGAUCUGCUUUUUCCCCGGUGUCGGUGAUUAGUGAGAAGAAAGCUCGGGACCAAGUGACAGUUCUGGCUAAUGAACUUGGAUGCCCUCUGUCCAGCAGUGAGGAAAUUGUAGCCUGCCUCCGCCAGUUGCCUGCCAACGUUCUCAACGAUGCACAGACUAGGCUCCUCGCCAUAAGCGGGCCAUUUCAGUACUGGGGCCCAGUGGUUGAUGGAGUCUACCUUCGGGAACCUCUAGCUGCAGCCCUGCGGCGUUCUCGACUUGGGAAGGUGGAUCUGCUCAUUGGAAGUGCUCAAGAAGACGGGCUGAUUAGCAGAGCUAAGGCAAUUAAGAAAUUCGAAGAAAGUCAAGGACGAGUCAAUAGCAAAACAGCCUUUUAUCAGGCUCUGCAAAAUUCCCUCGGAGGAGAGGACUCCAAUUCCUUCAUUGAAGAUGCAUGACCACUUUAUCACCUGUCCCAUUAUCAGCAUGGCCAAGGACUGGGCUGAUAGCUCCAGAGGGAAUGUCUUCAUGUAUCAUGUGCCUGUGAGUUCCUCUCAGAGCAGUUCAGGCCUGGAGCUCUUGCCUGAUGUUCAGUACGCCUUUGGGCUGCCGUUCCACCCACAGUAUGAAGAACAAUUUACUCUGGAAGAAAAGAGCCUUUCCUUAAAAAUAAUGCAGUAUAUAGGCAACUUCAUAAAAUCUGGAAAUCCGAACUAUCCUCAUAACUUCUCAAGAAAAUUAACUGGAGCUGUGUCCCCAUGGCCCAUGUUCCUGUCACACGCUAAUGGUGAUAACUAUAAGGAGUUCACUGUUUCCUUGCCAAAUCGUAAAGGACUGAAAAGAGCAGAAUGUUCUUUCUGGUCUGAUUAUAUCAAAACACUCAAAGCUUCAACUGGCAGGACAGCUAAUGGAGAGCAAUCGAUGGAAAGCAGGCCCAGUGAAGAACCAGCUGUAGUGUUUAAUUCUGAAGACACACAGAGCCAGUCAGUGGACGACAAGGUGGCUUACAGCAAAUAGAAUGUCACACUGCAUUUUAGAUUGGUUAAUCAUGUCAUUGUACAUCUGUGUGACAGUGUCACGGCAUACAGGCACAGUUGUUUCCAUUACUGCAAUACCUUUCCGAUCAUGAAAGCUUAAGUUAGAUACAGCAACAUUCGGUGUAAAUAUACGUGCAUUAUUAAGUGAAACACAGCAAAGUAGUCUGUCAGCAAUAACUUUAGGCCAAAAGAAACUGUAUUUUGUGAUGUAAGACCAGUGUGCAAUAAAACUGCAA